AUGAACAUCCGGCCAGCACGAGUAGACGACCUCACCGGCAUGCAGGCAUGCAACCUGCAGAACCUGCCGGAAAACUACACCAUGAAGUACUACAUGUACCACCUGCUUACAUGGCCACAACUGUCGUAUGUCGCCGAGGACAAUAAGGGGCGGAUAGUCGGCUACAUCCUGGCCAAGAUGGAGGAGGACGUGGACGACAGCGAAGAGCAACACGGCCAUGUCACCUCGAUCUCCGUCCUACGAUCCUAUCGCCGGUUGGGAUUGGCGAAGAAGCUCAUGGUGCAGUCGCAAGAGGCAAUGGCGACGGCGUACCGCGCGGCAUACGUCUCCUUGCAUGUGCGCAAGUCAAAUCGCGCAGCACUAGGUCUCUACCGAGACACUCUGGGUUUCACCGUGAAGGACAUCGAGAAGAAAUACUAUGCCGAUGGAGAGGAUGCAUAUGCAAUGCGACUGUCACUGAAGCAUCUCACUCGAUAGAUUGUAUCCUAUACCUCCAUUGUAUAUUACACGAUUAUGUUACAACCACGCUUGACCCACAAA